AAGGGCGGGCGGGAAGCUUGCGGUGGCCUCUGCUUCCUCGGACGGGGCCAGGGCCGCUUUGAAGGGACAGCUGAGGCGGCGGCAGCGGCUGGGCUGGUCCCGGUGUCUUGCCGGAGGCGGGAGGGCGAGAGAAUGGUGAAUCCGGAGCGGCGGAGGCGCUGCUGCAGCCGGAGCUGCCUGUUUGUGGCCUCACGCGGCUGGGCCGCGCGCUAAUCAGGGCUGGAGGCAGCGGCGCCGAGCACUCGGAGCCCCGCGGCCGAAGAGCGGCUGCUGGAGGGAGAGCGCUUGCCGCCGAGGCUGCGGCCCGGGAGCGGCGGCGGAGCCAUGCCGUGGCUCAGCGGAGGACGGAGACGGCGACGGCAGCAGCAGCAGGCGGCGGCGGCGGCGCCCGGAGGAUCAGGGACGGGGCCGCCUCCUGUCGCGCCCGCUGCGGCGAUCGGAGGCGGCGGCGGCGGCAGUGGGCCGCGAGGCCGGGAGAGCUCGGAAUUGCCUUUGCCCGCUGGUUGGGAGGAGGCGAGGGACUACGACGGACGCGUCUUUUACAUCGACCACAACACCCGGCAGACUUCGUGGAUCGACCCCAGGGACAGGAUUACCAAGCCAUUAACUUUUGCUGACUGUGUUGGUGAUGAACUACCUUUAGGAUGGGAAACUGUUUACGAUCAACAGAUUGGGGUUUAUUACAUGGACCACAUAAAUCAACUCACACAAAUUGAAGACCCAAGAGAGCAAUGGAGAAGAGAACAGGAGCGCAUGCUAAAGGAAUAUUUAAUUGUCGCUCAGGAAGCACUUAAUGCCAAAAUGGAAAUUUAUCAAAUUAAGCAGCAGCGAUUUGAGCUAGCACAAGAAGAGUAUCAACAGUUGAACAAAAUGUGUGAGGAUGACAGUUACUCUUAUGCAAGUACAUAUUCUGGAUUUUCAACCAACACUAAAUACAACCCAUCUCAGAUUAAAGCAGAAAUAGCUAGUCAGCGUGAUAGACUUUCUAGAUUAAAGAGAGAAUUAACACAGAUGAAGCAAGAGCUACAGUACAAAGAAAAAGGAGUAGAAACACUGCAAGAGAUUGAUCGGAAGAUGUCUAAUUCUCAUGUGAAUUAUAAAUUGGAUGAAGCCCAAGCAAUAAUGAAUGAACUUCGAAGCAUCAGGAAGGCCAUAUGUUUGGGUGAAAGAGAAAGACAAGACUUAAUGCAAAGUCUGGCCAAGCUGACAGAUGGAUUCAGAAAUAGUUGUUGUAUUACAGAAUCUUUUCAUGAUCUUCAGCACAGUUCUGGUUCAUUCAAUGAUGCCAAUCUAUCUCAAAUAUAUUGUGAUGCUUGUUCUCAAACUGACAUCAUUGGCGAGCUUGGAUUGGAAGAUACAACAAGACAUGUAGACAAAAUGAAACUGAUUUGGCAGUAUGAAGAGACCAAAAAAAGAAUUUUCAGAAUCCAGCAACAGUUGGCUUUACAAGACCAGGAAUCUUGGCCAGGAAUGGCGGAGGCAGAUAUUGAUCAUCUUCAGCUUAUUAAAGAAAAAGAGGCUCUUUUACAAGAACUGCAGCUUAUAAGUCAACAGCAGCGUUCACCAGAAGAUCUGAAACACAUAGAGGAGGAAAAAAGGCGCUUGGAGGAGGAUAUCCAGCAGGCUCAGGCUACUUCUUCUCAUGGUGCUGCUGAAAGGAUACUCUCACAAGAGAAGAAGAAUUGUUUGCUUAUGCAGUUGGAAGAAGCAACUCGUUUAAGUUCUUAUUUAUGCUCACAAUUGAAAAGUUUAUCUGCCAGUUCUUUGACAAUAUCUUCUGGAAGCAGUCGAGGAUCAUUGGCAUCCAGCCGUGGGUCAUUGGCAUCCAGCAGAGGCUCCCUGAGUUCAGUUAGUUUCACAGACAUCUAUGGUCUCCCUCAGUAUGAUAAGUGUGAUAUUGCGGUUGAAUAUGGUCAUCAUAAGCGAUAUGAUCCAGUUUCAGUUGAUUCUCAUAACAAAGAUGUACAGUAUCAUGAGUCUAUUGGAUCCCCAGUUAGCAGUAAACAACGAAGAUCUUUAGAUACUCCUCUGUCUUUGGCAUCAUUGUCAUCAAGAUCAUCUCUUUCUUCACUAUCACCUCCAAGUUCUCCCCUGGACACUCCCUUCCAAUCCGCUUCUCGGGAUUCUCCAUUAGUCCAUAAGUCAGAAGGGUAUGAAGAAGUAACAUACACAGGUGCAUCAGAAGUACUUCGAGCUCAGGGCUCUGUUUUGGGUGAAGACAAAGGACAAGAAAUUAUGGCAUUUAAGGCUAAUGAAUAUUCCACAAGAAAUGAAGCAGGGCUGCAAAUUAUCAAUGUUCCAAAUUCUGGUGCUGUGACGUUACGUGAAGAUAGUACUAGAAGAUUGGAAAGGAGAUCCAGGCGAGUCUCAGCAUGUCUGUCCAAUUAUUCACUGGCUAGUGACAGUGGCGUAUUUGAAGCUUUAAGCAAAAGAAAUGAAGAUGUUGAAGAAUCACUUUAUAGUGAUGGUGUCACUAAUGAAGAGCCCAAAGUGCAGGUUGGAUUUCUGCAUGACAGUGGAAGUGAGUGUCUCCUUGUCCAUGUGUUGCAGCUGAAGAAUUUUACUGGCUUUGCCAUGAAAGAAGGCUGUAAAAUACAUGUGAGAAUAUACUUACCAUCUGUUGAGUCAGGCACAACAACCACAUAUUGCUCUAAGGCUUUGGAAUUCCAGGCUUCGUUAAUAUUUAAUGAAGUCUUUCAGAUUCCUGUACAAUCAAAUAUCUUAAAACUCAAAGCGCUGCAACUUUACAUUUGUUCACUUGGCCAGCACCAACAAGAAGAAUUAUUGGGCAUUGCUCAGAUCAGCCUAGCUAACUAUGAGAGUGCUAGUGAGAUGCAGCUUUGCUGGUAUCCUGUUCAGACCUUCAUUGGUUCAGAAUGUGAACAAAAAAAAGAACAACCUAAGCGUGAAGAAAGUGCUUCUCAUUCUGUUGAAAAUGAAAAUAUAAUGAAAAUGGAUGCUGUGACUGUUCUUUUAGCUAGGACCACAGCUCAACUGGAAGCUGUCGAGAGAGAGCUUGCAGAAGAGAGAGUAAAACUGGAGUAUACAGAAGAGGAAAUACAACAGAUGGAACAAAAAGAAGAUCAAGGAGAAGCUGUGUCAGAGAGAAGCUGGCAAGCAGAAUCAGUUGAUAGUGGAUGUAGUAAUUGUAUGCAGUCCAGUUAUCACUUGGACUCCUAUUGUGGUGAAUCAUUGCAGAUUCCUAUUUUUGCCUCUCAAACAAAUCAAUGUAUUUCUGGAAAAAUUCCAGCUCCAACUUUAAAGGUGGACAAGGAGACUAAUACAGAAGAUCUUUUUCCUGAAGAAAUGGUUUUGCCUCAUAAAAACAGACUAGGCCGUCGCUCCCGUGGUUCUGCAUUUGUUCGUAAUAAUACUAUUGUUCGCUCACAGACAUUUUCACCUGGUGCACGAAGUCAAUAUAUUUGCCGACUAUAUCGUAGUGAUAGUGACAGUUCCACUUUGCAAAGAAAGUCACCUUUUAUACGGAAUACUUUGGAAAGGCGUACGCUGCGUUAUAAGCAGCAUUCAUGUAGAUCAUCUUUGGCUGAUCUUAUGGAAAGGACUUCCCUAGACCUGGAGCUGGAUCUUCAGGCAUCAAGAACAAGGCAGAGACACUUAAAUGAGGAAUUAUCUAUUCUAAGAGAAUUGCGGCAGCGUCUGGAGGAUGCCCAGCUUAGUGGUCAAACUGAUCUGCCUCACUGGGUCAUUCGUGAUGAACGAUUCCGAAAUUUGCUGAAGGAAGCAGAAAGGCAGACAAGGCAAACAAAAUUUGAGCAUCGUCAACAACAAGCAGCUGAAAAAUUGCUUAAAAAAGCUUCCAAAGAAGUAUACCAACUGCGUGGUCAAAAUAAAAAAGAACCUCUUCAGGUGCAGACUUUCCGGGAGAAGAUGGCAUUUUUUACAAGGCCAAGGAUCAAUGUCCCACCUCUGCCAGCUGAUGAUGUAUAAUGAAGUAUUUAUCUGCCUUUUCUUAUUUUAAUAUGAAGUUAUUGAACUACUUAAGUUUAUUUUUUAAAAAUAUGCAAAGAUUAUUAAUAUAC